AUGUCGAAAGGAUCACGAUCCGACUCGGAGUCAAGCUGCUCCUCGUCCAGCUCUAGCGGCUCCUCUUCCGUCGAAGCUCAAACCGCAUCUGUUUCCACCACAAAGCUUGCAGCUUCGCGCAACCUUUCCAAGAUUGGCUACCGACCACCUCGAGGCUUCGAAGCGGUUUCCUUCUCCUCUUGCUCGCCCUUGCUGGAAAAGAAGCUAUCUGCUGGCAAGGGUCAACAGCUCUGGGCAGUCCGUAUCCCAGCCGGUCUCUCACCAUCUCAGCUCGAUGGUGUAGUAAUCGACAUCCCUCGCGACACCUCCGAUCUCAAAGCGGCUGUCAAACCACUAGGCGCGAUCAGCGUACGCACAACAUCAUCCAGCAUCGUCGACACGUACAACUUCUACACUUCGGUCCCCUCCGCUCUCAAAGGUAAAGGUAAAAAGUCACAGUCCAACACCGCAGACUCACAACUGAUUGCAAUGGCAUCAGAAAGCGCAGUAGGCGCCAAGGGAAAGGAAGAUGCAAGUGUAGCUGUUGGACAAGGUGCUGCGUCGGAACUAGAGAGUUUGAAGCUAUUGGUGCCUGCGGCGGAUGGGAAGGAGGCAGGGAAGCUCGUAUUGGCACCGGUGAAGGUGGAAAGAUGUUUGCAUUUGUCAAUUGCUAGUCCUGCCGAGACGAACAAGGCAGAGAAGCCUAAGGAGACAAGUAACAGGUUCGAGGAGAAGAAGCUACCGCAACAGCCUUGGCACUUGUUAAAGGGCAACUUUAAGCCUCCUGGUACUCGUAGCAACAGCGAUGCAGCAACAGCUGAUGCAGCAAGCCAAACGGUAGCAGACGAGGAGAGUGACAAGAAGCAGAAAAAGCGCAAGGCUAAGACGGAGGGUGAAAAGUCUCCGAAGAAGUCUAAGAAGGACGAGUGA